AUGGCGUCCUUCAUGAAAGAGUUUGAACAUCUUAAAAUCCAUCUUGAAGACUUAAAAGAAGCCACCAAUAGUUUUGGUAGCAAAGUUAUCGGAGCUGGUGGAUUUGGGAAGGUGUACGAAGGAGAAAUCUCCCACUCUAAGGGGAGAAGCAUAGUGGCUAUUAAGCGUUUGAGUCGUGAGUUUGGGCAAGGAGACCCUGAGUUCCUAAAGGAGAUCAUGAUGCUUUCUCGAUGCUCACAUAAGAACCUCAUCUCUCUCCUUGGAUAUUGUGAUGAGGAUGGUGAGAAGAUCCUUGUGUACGAGCAUGCGUAUAAUGGAAGUCUCGAUCGCCAUUUAAGCUCCAAUGCUCUCACGUGGGCCCAACGUUUCAAGAUAUGCCUUGAUGUUGCAAAGGGUCUAAAAUAUCUUCAUGAUCAUAGAGGCACCCAACAAAGAAUUCUUCAUAGAGAUAUAAAAAGUGCCAACAUCUUGCUAGAUGAAAACUGGAAUGCUAAACUUUCUGACAUGGGAAUUUCAAAAAUGGGACCAGCUAAUCAUCAACACAGUGUUCUUGUCACCAAUGUAAUUGGCACCCUUGGUUACUGUGAUCCCCAAUAUAUGGAGAACUACACGUUAACCAAAGAAUCAGACAUAUAUUCUUUUGGGGUUGUCUUGUUUGAAGUCCUAUGUGGGAGAUUAUGCUUUAACAAGACGAAUGACCGGCUAGAGAUUUUAGUGCCUAUAUGGAAACAAAACUACAUACAUAAGAAACUAGACCUGAUUAUCUUUAAAGAUACCAUCCCACCAAUGGAUCGGAAUGCUUUGAAAACAUUUUCAGACCUUGCAUUUCAAUGUUUACACUACUCUCGUGAACAACGGCCAACAACGUCCCUUCUUGUCAAAAAGCUUGAGAUCGCACUUAAAUGUCAAGAGCGUCAUGAUAUGAACAUGACUAAUGUCGUGAGAACUUCUGAGAAAUACAGUUUUGUUGAUGAACUUCUUUCCAAAGGCAAAGGGAUCUUUUUUAACAUAGGCAAAACGGUAAUUAGCUACUUCGCUUCUUUUCUUUUCUAA